AUGGAAGGUGGACAAAAAGGAAGUUCAUUACAAGAUCUGAAGCUUUUGUUCGUUGAGAUGGGUGUUGGCUAUGACCUUCAUGGUCAGGACAUAACAGCUGCUGCAAUGAGAGCAUGCAGAGAUGCAAUUGCUACAACAGCUUUCCGAGAAGGUAGCAUCCCUGGUGUUACAUCUGAUCACAUGAAACUACACGUUAAACUAGGAGUGCCUCAUCCUCUGCAACAAAACUUGGAUAAGGAUAAAAUUAAGUCUGUGUUUCCAUACGGACAAAUAAUGAACUUUGAAGUAGUUGAUGGUGGACUUGUGUGCUCAACUGAAGAAUUGGCCGAAAAGAAUGAUGAUUGUUACAUCGUGAAUGCUGCUGUAUAUGUGGGCUACUAG